CUUAGUCAACGCUUUGCCUUGACGGCCCCCCCUUCUCUUCCAUCUGCCGUUCCUUUUCACUACUUCGCCGCUACCAUUUUUGAUCAUCUCUUUUCACGAACUUGUUCUCAUCUGCAGCUCACAUUAACUGUAUCUCUCUAUCUCUAUUUUGUUUUUGGUUUCUGUCUCUUCUGCUCGCCGGCCGGCCGACGGCAGUGUGGGAGUGGGUUUGUUCGGCAGUGUGUGCGUUGUGGUGUUUUAAUUGUGGAGUUAUGGUGAGGAAACAUGGAUGGCAACUGCCUGCUCAUACUUUUCAGGUCGUUGCAAUUACUGUCUUUUGCUUGCUAGUGGUGGCGUUCUAUGCUUUCUUUGCUCCUUUCCUUGGAGGCCAUAUCUGGGAGUACAUACUGAUUGGCGUUUAUUCACCAGUGGCACUCCUUGUAUUCAUUCUUUAUGUUAGAUGUACUGCAAUUAAUCCUGCCGACCCUGGUAUUAUGUCCAAAUUUGAUAAUCGGAAAAAGAAACCCAACAAUAAUCAAGGUUUAUCGUUGAAGAGUUUACCACAAAAUUUAGAUGAAAUGGUCAACAGUAGACAUUCUUCCGCAUCAUCAGCUUCCAGAAGUUCCAUAUCAGGACCUAAUAUGAGUAGGAAUGGAUCUGUAGGAGAAAUUGGUAAAGUAGACAAUCCAAUGGAACGACCAACAGCCCGUAGUGCUGAUAAUAUUGCACUAGUUUGUUGUGCAUUAUUUGUACAUGAAGAUUGUCGAAAAAGGGAUGGAACAGCUGGCCCUCUAAGUGCUGCCGAGGAUGCUUUGUUCUGCACGUUGUGCAAUGCUGAGGUGCGCGAGUUCAGCAAACAUUGUAGAAGUUGUGAUAAAUGUGUUGAUGGCUUUGAUCACCAUUGCCGGUGGCUCAAUAACUGUGUGGGGCAGAAAAACUAUAUUACCUUUAUUUCUCUUAUGGCAGCAAGUCUUGUUUGGCUUAUUGUUGAAGCUGGAGUGGGUAUUGCUGUUUUCGUGCGUUGUUUUGUUAAUAAAAAAGGCUUGGAAACUGAAAUUAUUGAUCGACUUGGAAAUGGCUUUUCUCGUGCCCCCUUUGCGACAGUUGUGGCGUUAUGCACUGUAGUUUCCAUGCUAGCCUGUAUCCCACUGGGCGAACUGUUCUUCUUCCACAUGAUAUUAAUAAAAAAGGGGAUUACAACCUAUGAAUUUGUUGUUGCGAUGAGGGCUACGAGUGAGGCACCUGCAGGAGCUUCUGUUGACGAAGAAUUGCCAAAUAUAAUAUACUCUCCAUCUGGUUCUGCUACCACUGGUUUGAGUGGCGGAAGUUCUCUUGGUUUGCAAUACAAGGGGGCAUGGUGUACACCUCCAAGAGUUUUUAUUGAUUAUCAGGAUGAAGUGGUGCCUCACCUGGAGCCAGGAAUGGUCCCAUCUACUGUUGAUCCAGAUGCAGUUGGAGCUUCUGAAAGAGGGUCAAAAGUGCCCAAACGAGCUGUUCGUCUCAGUGCUUGGAAGCUUGCAAAGCUGGACUCAAAUGAGGCCAUGAAGGCAGCAGCCAAAGCUAGAGCAUCAUCAUCUGUUCUGAGGCCUCUUGAUAACCGCCGUUUCCAAGAUCCUGAAUUGAGCUCCAGCGGAAAUGUAAGCGUUAGAAGCAGUGUGAGUAUUGACACUGGUGUAAAUAAAGAGAUCAAGCAUGUUCUGAGGCUCUCUCCCAUAAGAAACUCUUUGGCUCCUGGUCAAGCUAGUCCCGAUGAUUACGAAACCGGAACACAGAGCAUGAGUAGCUUCAGUAGUCCAAGCCAUGUGCAUGAAACAGUCAUUCUCAGUCCUCUCCCACAUGGUAACGGUCUGGGUCGUUUUACCGCUGCAUCAUCACUUCCUGUUCCUGAACAUCCGUAUUCUUCCAAGGCAUCCUACCCUAUCGCCACUGACCAAAGAUUGCAUACUUCUGGGCUUGAUGAUAAGGUUGCUCGGAGGGGAGGCAUUACUGAUCCAUCGCUUCUUUCAGCUCCGGCUACUUCUCUCCUCAGAGACGUCAGAAAGACAUCGGUUGUGUGGGACCAAGAAGCCGGGAGGUAUGUCUCAGUUCCUGUAUCAGCUUCAGAAACCCGACCUUCUAGAUCGUCAGUACAGAUAGGUUUGCCGAGUUUAAAUGCUGAAACGAGCAACAAUGCUCGAAAGCCAGUUGUUCCAUUGCAACCCACAUCAUCUUCCAACACAAAAUCUCCAUUGCAGCAAUCAGACAAGUUAAUGUACACAGGAGAUUCCAUUUUCUUUGGUGGUCCUCUGCUGAAUAUCCCUUCUCGAGACGGUUUGAGAAGCGAUAGGGUUUCCACCUCGAGAGAAAGCCAAGAAAGAAUGACAGCAAACCUAACUCGGGAAUCAAGAUUCAAAAGGGAUUCAGCUUCAAACCAACUUCCCGUUUUUGUCCCCGGUGGUUACGAGCAUAACCGUCCAUCAGCAUCUCGUUUAAGGUAGGUACAUAGGUAGGUCGGUCGGUUGGUCGGGUCAGUUUUGAAAGCAUAUGGUUUGGCUGUCUGAAAGGUGUAAUUAGAAAGAAAGCCAAAUGGAGGGGGUCUAUUAUUGGUCCUCAAAUCCUGCGCUACCUGACAUUAUUUGCAAGCUCAAUUGGUCGGUACAACAUGGGAAGCAGUUUCCUCAAAGAAUGCAUUC